AUGUAAUAAACAACCGAGGAAGAUGUAUAGAGAUCGAAAGCCAAAUCAGAAUUAAAAUCUGUAAAAUAUAUGUAGUGAAAAAGAUAUUCUUAUUAGUGUCAAUUAUUAUGGGAUUUUGUUUUUUAUUUAACACAAACAUAACAUUUGGAUGGGAUUAUAAAAUAAUUAUUGUAUAUACUUGCACUAUAUAAUUCGCAUUUAUGAUAUCAAAAUUGCUUUCAUAUAAAGGGUAUUUGCCUAUGAAUUUAAAAUUUAGCGUCAAUUCUUAUUGUUGUUUUGCCUUAUUAGAAAGUGCUCUUUUAAUUACCUAUUUAUUAGGAAUUGUCUAUAAUAAUGAAGUCUCGGCAAUAAAUAUAAAUUUUAUUAGUUAUGCUUUACUCAUCUUAUAAUUUGUAAUAUUAGCAAUAACAGUUUUAAUAAGUAGGUAAAGUGUUGAGAGUGAUGCUUAAGAUCAAUCAAAAUAAAUCUAAGAAAUAGUAUAUAUUAAGAUCUAUUAAAAGUUGGUUGCUGCAAUAAAAAGUGUAGGGUCAUUAUAGAUCGUAUUUUUAAGUUUAAAAUUAAGUCAAUAAAUUAAUUGGUGUUGGAUGUAAACUCUAGUAAUUGUUUGGUUUAUUCUUGGUACAAUGACAUUGAUUGAAGUAUGUCUAAUUUUAGAUUUGAUUUUAAAGUGUUGUAACAAUUAACUUUAAAAUAGGAAGCAAUUGAGUAAGAAAAAUGUAUAUUCUUAGUUUUUGGAGGAGCUUGGGUGAAUAUUGUUAUUGUAGGAUUUAUUAUUGAUAUAGGAUUGACUUUUUUAGGAUUAGGAUUAUUCUUAGACUAUAAUAUUGGAUAGGUUAAUUUAUAUGGUUUCAUUACUUCUAUAGUUUUCUAUGUAUUUCAGAUAUUUUUUUAUUUCAAAAACUAAGAAGAAUUAAUGUAGUAUCAUCUAUGAUUUGUAGUUUAUUUUUAAAUUUAUCAGAAGCAUAAUAGUAAACAAGACCAUCCGAAUAGCCUAAUGAAUAAAUUACAUUAAAAGAAAGAAUUAAAGAAAUUCAUAGAAUUAGUAUAAGUAAGGUUCCAUAAUUUAUGGUGAAAUUGUCAGCCACUUAUUUUAGAAAGUAAGAAAUAAAUGAAAAUUAAAAAAAUAAUAAGAAUGAAUUAGGUUCAUCUCAAGAUAAAAAAUUUCGAUCAACUAGCUAUUCUGAUAUAAAAAAAUAAAAAGAAAUAAAAAAAAGUCCAUCGUAAGAUUUAGAUGAAGACUUAACUAAAAAAUUUGAUUAAUUACUAUCAUCUCCAAGAAUCAAAUUAGAAGUUAGUGAAAGUAUGGCUCCAGAGUUGUCAAGUAGAGGAUAAUAUAAAUAAAAUCUAUUAUGUCUUGUUUGUUAUGAAAAAGAAAGUAAUAUGAUUAAUUAACCUUGUGGUCAUGGAGGAUUUUGUUAAGAAUGUUCCCAAUAAUUAUUAUCAAAGAGUAAUUAUUGUAUGUUAUGUCGAAAACCUGUAACACAUACAUUACUUGUAUAAGGAGUAGAAAAUAGGGAAAGUUUAGUAGAAGUAGUAGGAAUUUAUUAAGGGGGAUAAAAAUAAAGAUGA